AGGGCAAAGGUAAACGAACUGCGCUUCCUUAAAAAUGUUUAUCAGUUUAUUAUUACUUUAUGUGGCUUCUCAACUUCCAUCACAAAAUUGAAACAUCAACAAAAACCCGGAGAUAGUGCGAAACGACUGCACAAACAAACCGUCCGCGCACGUGAAAGCACGAUAUUUUUGAAGAAAAUGGUACAUCAAGCUUUUAUUUUGAUCAUUUUGAGCUUUGCAAACAUGCUCGAGGUUCCAGCUUGUAAUAUGGACGAUUUGAGAAAUUCCGGCUGGUACUGCAGCAUCGCGCCCUACUCUGCUGAUGUCAACUGCAUCUUAUGUGGGCCGCAAUGCGCGGAAUCUUUCACUUGCUCAGGCGACAGAGGUUGGCAUCCGACAGACAAUUUUAUUGACCAUCGCUGCAACCCAACGCAAGCGUGCUUUUUCUGCCCGAUUCCGUCUGCGGAGUUCAGUAACUGCGAAUCGAAAGGAGAACGAAACCAGCGCAUUUGCAAUUGCAGGCACAACAAUUUGAAAUACCGGCUCUUCUGCAAUCAAGAUGGAAAAGUUACGGGCCAUCACGUCGGAAGAGAAAGUAUCAAAUGUGCAGCCCCAAUACAGGGAAACAGAGGAGGCAGAAAGCUCUCAAUUGCAAAUGCCACUACAACAACUACAACUACUAGAGCAGUCACUAGGCUCGAAUUUGUGGUGAACACGCCACCUUCGAGAUGGGAAAACCAACAAUCAACACCGGAAGCACCGAGUGCAACAAACGCCAGCACUACCGCUGACGAUGAACCAGUCUUUAACUGGCUAAUCAUAGUUUUGAUAGCUGCGAUCGUCUCCUUGAUUGUUGUGUUGGUUGCGGUUUUCUUAUGCAUGAGAAAAAGAAAUAAUUCGAAAAGGAAAUCUGAAAAUCUCGAUCAUGGGCACGCGAAAAAUGCGUGGACAUACAAUAAUGAAGAACCAAUUUACGACGAUGUCUAUGAGAGAUGUUACGCAAACGACUCGAUGAUGUAA